AAUUUUUUGGGAAUUUUUUGGGAAAUUUUUGGGAAUAUUUUGGGAAAUUUUUUGGGAAUUUUUUUGGGAAUUUUUGGGAAUAUUUUGGGAAUAUUUUGGGAUUUUUUUGGGGAAUUUUUGGGAAUUUUUUGGGAAUUUUUGGGGGAGUUUCCCCCCCUUUGUGGGGGAGGGGCUGCCGGCAGCUGAGGAAGAGGAGGAAGAGGAAUCCCAACCCCGUGAGGCCGAAGGCUCCGGAGGAGGAGGAAGAGGAGGACGAUGAAGGCUCCAGAGGAGGAGGAGGAGGAAGAGGAGGAGGCUCCUCCAUCCACGGCGAGGCCGAAGGCUCUGAGGAAGAGGAGGAGGAAGAGGAGGAGGAAUCGGAACCCCUGAGGCCGAAGGCUCCAGAGGAGGAGGAGGACGACAAUGAAGGCUCCAGCGGACGAGGAGGAUGAUGAUGAUGAUGAAGGCCCAGGAGGAAGAGGAGGAUGAUGAAGGCUCAAAGGAGGAGGAGGAUGAUGAAGGCUCCAGAGAAGGAUGAUGAUGAUGAUGAGGAUGAUGAUGAUGAUGAUGAAGGUGAUGAAGGUGAUGGUGAUGAAGGUCAGGAUGAUGAUGAUGAUGAUGAGGAUGAUGAGGGUCUCAGCCGAUGGUGAGGCCGAAGCCGCAGUGGAAUUUCUCCUUCCUGUGGUUGAUGAGGAUGAUGAAGGUGAGGGUGAUGAUGAUGAUGAAGGUCAGGAUGAUGAUGAUGAUGAUGAUGAUGAUGAUGAUGAUGAUGAAGGUCUCAGCCGAUGGUGAGGCCGAAGCCGCAGUGGAAUUUCUCCUUCCUGUGGUUGAUGAGGAUGAUGGUGAUGGUGAUGAAGGUCAGGAUGAUGAUGAUGAUGAAGAUGAAGGUGAGGAUGAGGAUGAUGAUGAAGGUCUCAGCCGAUGGUGAGGCCGAAGCCGCAGUGGAAUUUCUCCUUCCUGUGGUUGAUGAGGAUGAUGAAGGUGAUGAAGAUGAUGAAGAUGAAGGUCAGGAUGAUGAUGAUGAUGAUGAUGAUGAUGAUGAUGAUGGUCUCAGCCGAUGGUGAGGCCGAAGCCGCAGUGGAAUUUCUCCUUCCUGUGGUUGAUGAGGGUGAUGAAGGUGAUGGUGAUGAAGGUCAGGAUGAUGAAGAUGAAGGUGAGGAUGAUGAUGAUGAGGAUGAUGAUGAUGAGGAUGAUGAAGGUCAGGAUGAUGAUGAGGAUGAUGAUGAUGAUGAUGAUGAAGGUCUCAGCCGAUGGUGAGGCCGAAGCCGCAGUGGAAUUUCUCCUUCCUGUGGUUGAUGAAGGCUCCCAGGGCCAGCGUGAGG